UUGGAAGCCAUUUCUUAAAGCAAUGGAAUCCAAAGAGCUAUUUGGUAGCAAUUACCUGCUGUUGAAGCCAGAAGAAGCAAGUGUCUUUGAUCUUGGGAGCCUCUUGUUCUCUUCUAAGUUGAGCAACAGAAGAUUUAUAGAGUGCAGAGAAGAGAUUCAGGCAACAGAUUUUCGACAAAGAUGGCUCAUCUUCGUAUCUGUUGUGACACAGAUUCUCCUUCUUGCCUCAAGAAACUCCUUGAAGAAGGUUGGAGACAUCUUGGAGUUUUCGGUCAAUCUUUUAUCAUGCAAUGGAGGUUUCAAAGGACUCUUUUUCAACAUUCUAAGAGGAAAGGUGAAAAGACCAGAGAAAUCAUCUGCAUCAUAUUCAUCUGCGGUGGGCUUAGUUGACACACGAGUUGACUUAGACAAAAACAUUAAACAAAAUGAUGCCAAAUACAAAGGAUUCCUCUCAAUGAUGGCUUCAAAGAUUUCCUACGAAAAUGAAAAUUUUCUUUGUAACGCAGUGCAAAAUCAUUGGAAUAUGGAGUUUUUGGGGUUACACAGCUUCUGGAACGACUACCAAGAGCAGUGGUCGACACAAGCAAUCAUAUUGCAAGAUAAGAAGUGGAAACCGACGUUGAUCGUUGUUGCAUUCAGGGGUACAGAGGCAUUUGAUGCGGAUAAAUGGAGAACGGAUGUGGAUAUCUCUUGGUACCACUUGCCCAAUGUGGGUAGAAUACAUGGUGGCUUCAUGAAAGCUUUGGGUCUUCAGAAGAACAGUGGAUGGCCCAGAGAGAUUGACCAAACCACCCACCAUUCUUACGCCUACUAUGCAAUCAGAGAGAAGAUCAGAACAAUGUUGGAGGCAAAUACGGAUGCAAAAUUCAUAGUGACAGGGCACAGUUUGGGAGGAGCCUUGGCCAUUCUCUUUGCUGCUCUUCUCACAAUACAUGAGGAGGCAUGGCUGUUGGACAAGUUAGAAGGGGUUUAUACAUUUGGGCAGCCACGAGUUGGGGACUAUGAGUUUGGGGAGUUCAUGAAGGACAAGUUGAGAGAGUAUGAUGUGAGAUACAUGAGAUAUGUUUACUCCAAUGAUAUAGUGCCUAGGAUCCCUUACGAUGACAAAAACCUCUUCUUUAAACACUUCGGUCCUUGCCUCUACUUCAACAGCUUGUACCAGGCCCAGGUUCUAGAGGAGGAGCCAAACAAGAACUAUUUUUCUUUGUUCUGGGUCCUGCCCAAGAUACUAAACGCAGUCUGGGAGCUUAUUAGAGGAUUUCUUCUCCCCCUCGUUGUAGGUGAAAGCUAUACUCAGACCUGGAUCAUGACGAUAAUCAGGUUCUUUGGAUUGAUGAUUCCAGGAAUAGCUGAACAUAUUCCUACAGAUUAUGUCAAUCUUACCAGGUUAGGAUGUUUACCCGAACUUUUGGAACUUCAAAACUCGCAAGAUUCCAAGGCUGACUGAGAUCCAAGCAUGUGUAGGCAGCAGCAACUAAAUAAACACCCAAUAUUGGAAUGUCAUUGAACAAUUACUCUAAAGAAGUGUUCCACUAAUUGUGGUGUAAUCAGAUUAAUAAUUCAAAAUAUGCCGAUACAUUUGACAAAAUCAAGGCCAUAAAAUCUUUUCA